AUGAAUCAACUUCUCUUUGAGCGGUCGACCGGCAACCUCGGGCCGAACGUCUUUGCAAGGCUGCAGACGACGAGGCUGCUGAGCUCUCUCCAAGCCGCACCUCAGCUACGUUUUGAUGGAGGUGAGCGCGGAACAGCCAUCCAGCAAGAUGAGGCUGGUUCGUCUGAGGCACCCACGUUGAAAAGGGGCAUCUGGGCACACCAGGCUGGGGUGAAUGCUAUCGCUAUUGAGCGCUUGGUAUCUGGCGGAUCCGAUGCUUCUGUGAAGCUAUGGGACUUGGAAAGCUGUGGCAAUCCCUCUACGAGCCAUGUGUACCAACCUCUUGCUUCCGUAAUGCGCGGCGAUAGGGGUCACAAGUAUGGCAUCACUCACAUGUCAUUCUAUCCGUUUGAUGCAGCUGCGUUUCUGUCUACUUCAUACGACCAGACGCUGAAGCUAUGGUCAACCGAAACGUUGAGCAUCUCCGGAUCUUUCACUCUGGGGUCGAAAAUCUACACCCACUCAAUGUCCCCUAUCGCGGACCACCUACUCGUUGCCUGCGGAACACAGCACCCAACAGUCAGACUGGUAGACCUGCGUUCGGGGGCCAAUGUACAGUCAUUAGCCGGCCAUACCAAUGCGGUUCUAGCUACGGCUUGGUCGCCCCGGCAUGAGUACAUCCUCGCUUCCGGCAGUGUGGAUGGUACCGUGCGGGUAUGGGAUAUCCGUCGGGCCGGGGGCACUAUCGGGAUGCUAGACAAGGAAGACAGCCUUGGUUUGCACUACAACGGCCUCCUCGGGACUGACGGUCGUCCGCGGACGCGUCUAGCUGCCAAAGCCCACUCGGGACCUGUGAAUGGGCUGGCUUGGACGGAUGAUGGCAACUUUGUCAUAUCGGGUGGCCAUGAUCGCCGUAUUCGGGUAUGGGAUGCUGCAACAGGAGCUAACACACUUGCCAGCUUCGGUCCUAGUAUCAAGAACUGGCAGCUUGGUAGCGUGACAAUGUUCACAUCACCAACAGGAGUCACACAUCCCAGGAAGGAACUCCUUUUCUGGCCUAACGAGACAGAGAUCCUCGUCUUUGAUCUACAUGAAGGCCGACUCGUGACAAAGUUGCGUAACACUGGACCUGCAGUAGCAGGUGUUCGGUCUGCCAAUGGUUCUGAGAGAACUGCACAGAACAGGAUCACUGCGCUAGCUUGGCGAGGAGCUGGAGGAGGUGGUAUGUCGAGUGGAGUUGCCAUGGGCGGCAGUAAUAUGGCAGGGGCUAUAUUUAGUGCGCACCUUGAUGGCCAGAUCAGAGCGUGGAUCCCGCGGCUAGAAGGGCCAGAAGAUGAAGACGAGGCCGAAGAGACUUCAGAGACUAAGGAAGACAAGCUCAAGAAACGCAAGGCCUUGGAUGACGCUUUCAACAGUCUCAUGGGAAAGCAGGUCACAUUUUCCUGA